AAGUGCUGUUUGAGGGCAUCAAGUUUGCAAUGCCUUUGGGCCAUGGUGUGGUUUAUGGCAGAUUUUUCACAUGUUCUUGAUGGUUUUGAUGAGAUUGUGCAUGCCACACUGGAUAACUACGAACCAGAUAUAAAUCUUGUAGAUGAUGGUGAAAGGGGGGAGCCAGAUCACAAUUGGGUUGAUGAAGUAGUUAGAUGUGAAGCAAGGGGUGGUGUUGGUGUUGGUUGUGAUCUCAGCCUGAGGUACCUUAGGCCAAGACGAGAAAAAAAAGAUUGCACUCUAUUGACUCGAGAAGAGAUUGAAAAUCCAUAA